UCACGCCGCCAGCCGGCUGUAGGAGAGGCGGCCCCGCUCGCCUGAGAGCCGUGCGAGCCGGUGCGGCGGAAGGGCGCACAGGCGGCUCGUCGGGUCCCCGACCAGACGACGUAAACCCGGGAGAGGCACGCGUCGUCUCAACGGGAUGUGCAGAUGGAGGCUGGAGGAGACACUGCUGCCCCGGCCCCUGGGGACGCGGAGGACCUGGAGGACACGCGGUUCCCCAGUGAGGAGGCUGGAGACGGUGGAGGGGUUCACGAGGACCCGCCGGAUCCUGGAGACGGGGACCUGGAGAAAACAGAAUCCGAGACGAAGGAUCAGCCACCUGGCCUGCUGUCACCACUGCCCCAGUCAGAGGCCCCAUCAUGCACCUGUGGGCUUUGGGAUCCUGCAGCCUCCGAGAAUAGUCCCAUGGGGGCCCCUGAGAGUGGCUCUGGGGGCCAGGGUGGGGACCCCAGUGAUGAGGACUGGCGCAGCAAGCGAAAGCACGUGUUUGUGCUGAGCGAGGCAGGCAAGCCCAUCUACUCAAGAUACGGUAGUGUGGAGGCUCUGUCGACGACCAUGGGUGUGAUGACAGCCCUCGUGUCCUUCGUGCAGAGUGCAGGAGAUGCCAUCCGCGCCAUCUAUGCUGAGGACCACAAGCUGGUGUUCCUGCAGCAGGGCCCACUGCUGCUGGUGGCCGUGUCAAGGACUCCUCAGUCAGCAGCCCAGCUGCGGGGGGAGCUGCUAGCUGUGCACGCACAGAUCGUGAGCACGUUGACACGUGCAAGUGUGGCCCGCAUCUUCGCACGCAAGCAGAACUACGACCUCCGCCGCCUGCUGGCCGGUUCAGAGCGCACACUAGACCGGCUUCUGGACAGUGUGGAACGGGACCCUGGUGCCCUGCUCCUGGGCGCCGUGCGUUGUGUGCCUCUGGCUCGCCCUCUGAGGGAUGCACUGGGUGCACUGCUACGACGGUGCACAGCACCUGGCCUGGCACUGUCAGUGCUGGCGAUUGGAGGUCGACUGGUGACGGCAGCCCAGGAGCGGACUGUGUUAGCCGAGUGCCGGCUGGACCCCGCUGACCUGCAGCUGCUGCUCGACUGGGUGGGUGCCCCGGCCUUUGCGGCAGGGGAGGCAUGGGCACCUGUGUGCCUGCCCCGCUUCAACCCUGACGGUUUCUUCUACGCCUACGUGGCUCGCCUGGAUGCCAUGCCGGUCUGCCUGCUGCUGCUCGGCACUGACCCUGAGGCCUUCCAUGACAUGGCCACCUGCCGGCGCCUGGUUGAAGAGGGCAUGCACACCCUUGGUGCCAUGCGUGCCCUUGGGGAGGCGGCCAGCUUCUCAAAUUUCCCAUCAACCAAUGCUCCUGCCUACAGUGUGCAGGCUGUGGGGGCACCUGGCCUCCGACACUUCCUCUAUAAGCCGCUGGAUAUCCCCGACCAUCACCGCCAGCUGCCCCAGUUUACCAGCCCCGAGCUGGAGGCCCCAUACAGCAGGGAGGAGGAGCGGCAGCGCCUGUCGGACCUGUACCACCGUCUGCACGCACGCCUCCACAGUUCCUCCAGACCCUUGCGCCUCAUUUACCAUGUGGCCGAGAGGGAGACACUGCUGGCCUGGGUGACUUCCAAAUUUGAACUCUAUACCUGCCUCAGCCCCCUGGUGACAAAGGCAGGUGCCAUCUUGGUAGUGACCAAACUCCUGCGCUGGGUGAAGAAAGAAGAGGAUCGACUCUUCAUUCGUUACCCACCCAAGUACUCCACACCCCCACCAGCCCCAGCUGCUUCCACAGACCAGCCUUCCCAUAAUGGCUUAUUCACUGGACCUUGAGAGGCAGAGUUCUCAGGUUGGGCAAUGCUGAGAACUACUACCUUAGGCUUUUACCUUCUGUCUCCACCCUGGAAAUGGGGCAGGAGGCACAGAGGACAGUCUGUUUCCACAGCUCCGUCAUGCUCUACCACCUCUGGGACAGUCCUUAGUCCUUCCUCUGCCUUCCUCUCCCUCUGCCUCACCUCCUCCACUUGGAUGAUGUUCGCCUCUGUCAGGGGCUAUCUCCUCCGGUCCUGGUACCACAUCCCCUGUCCUGCAUCAGGAGUCUGUCUCCUUGAUGGGCUCUCAGCCCUGAGUGUCCAGGGCUGGCCAGGGUCCCGUUGAGUGGUCCACAGGGGCUCUGGAACUGGGAAUGCAUGGCCGGCCUGUGACUGGAACCAGCUUGGAGAGAGUUUCAGAAAGAAACAGUACAUAAAAGACCUAAAUUCAGUUCCUACAAGGACAUUCCUUUGCCCUUCACAUACGCCAUCUUAACCCUGUCAGAAGUGGCCCCCAUCAGUGUAACCUGCUGCUGACACCAGUGAGCACGUGGCCUCCAGGGCCUCCCUCCAGGACAGAGCACCUGACUUCACACGUGGCUGAGAUCAGACUUUCUGUGGGGAAGGUGCACUCGGCUUUGAAGGCUCUUUGAACUCAACCGUGAAGUGCAGAAAACCUCGCAGUGGCGGUUAUGCUAGGAUUUGUGAACGAAAGGGGACUCGAACUCUGGGUACCACCGCAAAGCACAUGUGCAUUUGUCCCAGACUUCCACAACCUGCACCACACAGCACCCUAGAAAAAGGCCUCCCCAGAGUUUGUAUGCGCGUGCGCAGCGCUCCCUCCUCGACCCAUUUGUGCCCUGUUUUCCCUGCACUGGAGCUGGUGGGCCUGGGGGGUGUACGCAUGCGCGCUGCCCCGGCUCAGGGCCGCGGGGCCGCUCGGCUGGAGCUGAAGCCUUGCUCCGGCGCUGGCCAACCGACCGGCGGGCGCGCAGUGCACGCAUGCGCACCCGCAGCCUGGCGGGCGGGGGUGCGGGGGCUCGCACAGCGGGUUUGGUUGGUUGGUUGGGGUUUUUUUUGUUUUGUUUUUUUAGCAGUAGUCCUCCAAGGCGCACGCCAGCUCAGGCCCCGCGUUGGAAAAUGGCGGGCAAGUUGGAGUCCUUGAGAAUGGAGCCCCCCGAAGUCGUGGAGGAGGCUGAGGAGGCUGAAGGUAGUGAGGGCGAGCCGGCCUCUUCCCGGCCAGAGCAGGAGGGAGGGAGCCUGUGGCCCGUUACAGUUAUGAGAUGUAAAAGAGCAGUACUAAGAAAUAAGAAUUUAAGCUUUUUAUUAAAAAAAAAACAAAAACAAAACUUCACCAAAGGGGAGGCAAAUAACGUGCAUAUUCUCAUCAUUCAGAUCAACUCCACUUUAUCAGGCACAUUGGUUUAAGUGUUUCGAAGAAACAACUAGACAUUUCAGUAUGCAUUUCUUCAAACAAAAAGGGGGCGGGACGUUGUCACAAAAAUCGCCCUGCUCCUGCCACACCGAGGAAACGCAGCAGUAAUUCCCCCAGGAUCACUUCACACCCAGCCCAUAUCACAUUUUGCGUGGACUCUAAGUCCACGAGACUUAAGAAUCGAGAAUGGCCUCUCCCACGGACGGCUUCUUUUCUAUGGGGCCCUUUGUCCAGAAUGACAUCCCACAGCCUAUUGCCCUAAAGAUGAUUAGAGAUUACUGCGUAGCUUGAAGAAGAAACCUUCCCAAUUCGGUGAUCCACUGCUAUGCCACUAACUUUUUUUUAAUUGUAGACAUUUUUGGAAUGUACCAAAGUACAGCAUGGUGAAGGCCCAUGUACCCAUCACUCUUGUUUCAGCAGCUCUGGACUGUGCCCUCCUUUGAUCUAUCUUUGUACCCCCUUCCUGCACACUCUUUAAACUACUGUAUUAAUAAUAAUAUUUGGACUGCAUCUUUCCAGAUCUACCUAUGCAGACAUCAACAAUAAUUAUGAUUGUUCACUUGUUUAUUGUUACUUCCCCAGCACUUAAAACAAUGCCUGCUUGGCAUGUAGUAGGUGCUCAGUAUUUUUUUUUUUUAUUUUUUAUUUUUUGGUAUGAAUAAUAAGUGUCACACAACAAGCUCUCUUAGGUUAGGGUUACCCAUCAAGGGCCAGCUUCCAACGAAGGAUAGGCAGGAAGAAGACAGAUGCAAAUAGAUCUCAUUUAUUGAGCACUUCCUAUAGCACUUAAGAUAGUCGCAACUAUGCUAAAAACCAUUUUAGUGUCAAGCUUUCAAAUUAGUCAAAAUUGAAGUUAUGAUUAACUUCACCAGCAAUGGAGAACAUUGAAAAGUAUAUAAAUUACCAUUUCUAGCCCCUUGGAAAUGGCUUUAAAAAGAGAGGGAUAAAUCUAGUAUUGAUUACUCUGUAGGGAAGCAGACUCUCUUGCCUCACUCAGAACUGACCAGUAAAGGCUUUGCUAGAAGCAGUUUGGCAGAAUAUUUUUAGUGUCUAAAACGCUAUUCCAUAUCUUUAGUCACCAUGCUUGGUAAUCAUAGGAUAUGCAGAUGUGUGGACCAUGAAGGAUCACUGGAGUGUUGUUAGAAGCAAAACACAAGGAGCAAUCGGAAAUGUCUAGAUUUAGAUAUACCCAUGCCCACUGUGGAAUGCCUGGUGGACACUUUUUUAAGCAGUUGGAAAAAUAUAAGAUAAAAAUUUUUUAAAGAGUAAGAUCGUGGUUUAUUGACAAAGAAUGAGCUUCAAAAAUGAUCAUACUUUUAUGAGAGAAAAGCAAGUUGGGAUUUAAAGUAAAAGAGGGGCAGUGUCAACUAGAGCCCCAGAUAUAUUGCACAGAACAAUGUCUAAAGGCCUAACCAAUCACUCACCACAAGGGACUACUUAUAUUUUUAGGAGCGUGCAAAGGUGGAGGCAUUUUUGUGAUUUUUUAAAAGAUUUUUUCUUUCAGGAAAAUGUAGUGCUAUAUAAUGUUUAAUAGAGAAAGUGAAAUUUUGAAAGGCAUCUGAGGAUCAUAUAUUAAUAUUUAUCGAUAUUAACAUCCCAAUUUUGAUGGUUAUACUGUGGUUACCUGGUAGGGCCCCCUUGUAUAUAAGAAAUAUACACUGGAAUAUUAAGGAAUAAUGGGCCAUGAUGUCUGCAAUUUAUGGUACAGAAAUGCUCACAGAUGAGAAAUCCAAUACGCAGGCAAAUAGCACUGUGGCCUUUUUCUACCACUUUUAUGUACAUCUGGAAUUAUUUCAAAAUAAAAUGUUAAAAGGGAUUCAUGCUGUACAGGCUGUUUUGUAAUAUGGAUUUCUCAAAAAAAAUUUAUCAAGAUGUCAGUUGGGUUAUUUAAGAUUUACUGAUCACUCAUGAUGACUAGGACUAGAAAUGGAGAGGAAAAACACAGAUAGAUAGAGCUUUUGCAGAAAUAGUUACAAAAGCUAGCUGUAAAAGCCGUGGGGACUCGAGAUCACGAUCCAAGCCGAAAUCACAUUGGGCACUGGAUGAUAUUACAUGAUGAUUGUUAAUCUUGUCAGUGUGAUUACAGGAUUGGAGACAUCUAAGAAAAUGUCCUCAAGUAGUUGAGACUCUAAAUGAGAUAGUUGGGCAUGAAAUGACAUAAAGCAUAGGGCUUGCUUGAAAAUAGCUCAGCACGGGCAAAACAGCUGAAGCAAAUAUGCGUGAAUAUUAAUAGUCGUCAGAUCUUAGCCAUGCAUAAUCAAAGUUCAUCAUGGUGUCCUCUCUACUUUCAUGUGUGUUUGAAAAUUUUCAUAUGAAAUAUAACAAAACAAAUAAUUACAAAUACUUCCCCUUGUUAAUAAAGUAGCUUUAAUUGUUU